AAGCCCAACAUCAUAGAGCUGAUUUCAUACAUCUCCCCUCCAUCAUGUGAGAACUGCGGCUUCAUUGCUGGACCGUAGAGGAGAUCUUCCCGAUCCGACGCCGAAAUCCAAUGUACAAACCCUAGGUUAUUUAGCUUUACUGCUUCUGGUUUUGGUGCAUGAUUUAUGCAAAGAUGAAGAUGAUGCUUUCGUUCUUGUAGCCUUCUGAGGGAUGAAAAGGUCUCCUAAACUUGGCUUAGGAGUGUAAUGGAGAGUGAAUCAAGUCAAAUACCUUCAGAUGAAAGAAGAAUGUCCAACCAUGUUGAUUGCUAUGAUGAGGAUGAAUUGUCUGAUGACAAGCUUGCAAAGAACAUUGAUUUGUGCACAGAGCGAGAAGAGACUAUUGUAGAACAAUCUAUUGCAAAUUUAGGUUCUUCAGAAGAUGCUGUGGAACCAUACAUUGGCAUGGAGUUCGAUUCCAGAGAUGAUGCUAGAGAAUUUUAUGUUGCUUAUGGCAGGAGGACAGGAUUUACAGUACGCAUACAUCAUAACCGGAGGUCACGCAUAAAUAACUUGGUUAUUGGACAGGAUUUUGUUUGUUCAAAAGAAGGUUUUCGUGAAAAGAAAUACACGUACAGGAAAGACAGAGUUCUUCCUCCACCACCAAUCACCCGGGAAGGCUGUUCUGCAAUGCUUAGGGUGGCCUUAAGGGAUGGAGCUAAGUGGGUUGUCACCAAAUAUGUAAAGGAGCAUAACCACACGUUAUUGUCCCCUAGUAAAGUACCUUGGCGGGGAUCUGCAAAAAGUUUAAUUGGUGAGGAUGAGAAGGAUCAGAGAAUACGGGAACUGACCCUGGAGCUUAAUAAUGAGAGACAAAAAUGUAAACGUAGAUGUGCAGCGUACCAGGAACAACUACACGUGUUGUUGAAUUACGUCGAGGAACAUACCGAUCACUUGUCCGAAAGAGUUCAGGAUAUUGUUAAGAACAUAAGGGAACUUGAAAAUGAGCAGCCGAGGGAUGGAGAUUGUGGAUAGUUUAGAGAACAUUCUGUAUCCAUUAAUUUAACGUUGUUUUCUUAUUGUCUUUAAUCACCCCUUCCUGCGCCCCCAGCUUGCAGGAUGAAAAGGAUCAGAGAACAUGAGUGCCGACCCAUGAGCUUAACAAUGAGAAACAAGGAUGCAAACGUUGCUGUGCUGCAUACUAGGAACAGUUGCGCAUGGUACUGUGAUAUGUAGAAAAACAUAUUGAACACAUUUCAAGAAAGAGUUCAGGAUAUUGUCAUGAAUGCAAGGGAGCUCGAAAAUGAACAGCUUGGGAAGUCAGAUUGAUGAAAUGUAUAGAGCACUGCCUGUACAGUUUUCUUAAAUAUUUUUCUUUGACUUCUCUCUGCUUAUGAACCCCACUUGAUACUGAUGCAAUUGCUUUUAACCAUCUUAUCACGUAGUAGAAGUUCAAAUUUAGUUGUCAUUCUGUCAAUUUGUCCAAUAACAAGGAUCUUAAUGGUCCGUCUGUUGAUUCAGGAGCUUUUGAAUUGAUUGUCAAGUACCUUAGUUCUGAAUAUUGAAGGCGUUAUAUAUCAGAAAAAUGAUUGCAAUC